AUGGAGAGCUCUGACGGCGCUAGGGUUUUGGGAGACACGGAUGCCACGAUGAUGGAUAUUCCGGGGAAGGGGCAACCGCCGGAUGGGGCGGUCUCUUGGGCAUCGAUGGUGAUGGGCACGAGCGCAGGAGGACGACCACACCCCGAGGAUUUACUGACGGAUGCGUUUGUUGUGGAGAGGCUAAGCGUUGAAUUCCCGAAUGGAGUGGAAGGGGAACCGGUAAUCAAGAUUGGUCAGGAGGUCUUAGAGGCGAUGAACGGACUCUGGAAGCAGUGUAUGAUCGUCAAAGUUCUGAGGAGGACGGUCCCGAUUUUCGUGCUAACGAAGAAACUGCGGGAGUUGUGGAAACCAAAGGGAGUUAUGACGGUUUUAGAUCUCCCUCGAGGUUUUUUCAUGGUGAGGUUUGGAGAGGAGGAUGAAUACAUGGCCGCGUUGACGGGGGGUCCAUGGAAAGCUUUUGGCAGCUACUUAUUGGUGCAGGCGUGGUCGCCGGGAUUUGACCCCUUGAGAGAUGAGAUUCUGACGACACCGGUUUGGGUCCGGCUAUCGUACUUACCAGUCAACUUCUAUCACAGGUCUAUCUUGAUGGGGAUCGCUAAGGGUCUCGGGAAACCGUUGCGAGUCGAUCAGACGACUUUGAACGUGGAAAGAGCUAGGUUUGCGAGGGUUUGUGUGGAAGUGAACUUGGGACAACCGCUGAAAGGGUCUGUGAUGAUGAUAUCACCAUAUUUUACAUGA